UCUGUUCAACUUUACAUAUGCUGUUGAAUGCUUGCUUUUGUGACUACGGAUACCAUUCAACUACUUUCAUGAUCUCCACUCGUUCUUUGUGUACAACUGGACACUGAGAAGGUUCUGCCCAAUCGUUGUUCAGCCCAGUGUCUGUACCUCCUCCUCAGUCCCUUUAACAGGGGAUAAAUAACUUUUUUGUGGAUUUGGACUUGAUCGCCAGAUGGAUAAAUCGUGACUCCUCUGAUCAUUCUCUAACUUUAUACCAAGCAAUUCCUAAUUCAGCGUCAGACUCAACUACAGUGCCAACACAAUGCAGAAGCAAGUGGAGGUCAGAAUGCAUGAAAGCCAUUUGGAACCCAUGGUGGAUCCUCCUGAACCUAUGUGUUGGGGAAUAUGCGAUAAAAUUAUGAAGAACAUGGUUCUUACCCUCACCAUCCUUGGUGUGUGCCUGGGCUCCAUAUCAGGAAUGCUGCUGCGGUACAUUUCGCCGCUCCCCCCUGAUGUCAUCAUGGUUAUUGCAUUCCCAGGAGACAUCCUGAUGAGAAUGUUGAAGAUGCUCAUCUUACCGCUAGUUGUUUCUAGCCUGGUUACAGGACUGGCUGGUCUUGACGCCAAAUCCAGUGGUCGUUUGGGCACAAGGGCCAUGGUGUACUACAUGUCCACAACAGUGAUCGCUGCUGUCCUGGGAGUAAUCUUGGUGCUGGUCAUUCACCCAGGGAACCCUAAAUUAAAGGCUAACCUUGGUCAGGGAAAGAAGAACGAUGACGUUUCCAGCUUGGAUGCCUUCUUUGAUCUAAUCCGCAAUCUAUUCCCAGAAAACCUUGUGCAAGCCUGCUUCCAGCAGAUCCAGACAGUCAACACAAAAACCCUGGUGCCCACCAACAGGACUAAAGCACCACCACAGUUCACCAUCAAAAAGUCCCUUCAGUUCAAGAGUGGGAUGAAUGUCCUAGGUCUUAUUGGAUUUUUCAUCGCUUUUGGAAUUAGCAUGGGAAGAAUGGGAGAGAAGGCCAAACUCAUGUUGGAAUUCUUCAAUGUCCUCAACGAGAUUGUUAUGAGGCUUGUUGGCAUGAUCAUGUGGUAUUCACCAAUUGGUAUCGCAUGUCUCAUCUGUGGGAAGAUCAUCUCGAUUAAUGACCUGGAAGUGGUUGCUAGACAACUGGGGAUGUAUAUGGUCACAGUAAUAGUGGGUCUCCUCAUUCACGGUGGCAUCUUUCUACCUUUAAUAUAUUUUGUCAUUGUUCGGCAAAAUCCCUUCACCUUCUUCAUGGGCAUCUUCCAGGCUUGGGUCACUGCGCUUGGAACUGCAUCCAGCGCUGGAACCCUCCCUGUCACUUUCCGAUGCCUGGAGGAGAACUUGGGCAUUGACAAGAGAGUGACACGAUUUGUGCUCCCUGUGGGUGCCACCAUCAACAUGGAUGGCACUGCGCUAUACGAGGCUGUGGCAGCCAUCUUCAUUGCCCAAAUGAAUGGCAUCCAUCUGGAUUGGGGACAAAUUAUUACUGUCAGUCUGACUGCCACUUUGGCCAGUGUGGGAGCUGCCAGUAUCCCCAGUGCUGGACUGGUAACAAUGCUUCUGAUCCUAACUGCUGUUGGGCUACCAACCCAAGAUAUUAGUCUAUUGGUAGCUGUCGACUGGCUGCUGGAUCGGUUCCGUACCUCUGUCAAUGUUGUUGGGGACUCGUAUGGAGCAGGAAUCGUGUACUACCUCUCCAAGGAUGAGCUUGACAUGUUUGAUGCCCAGCAGGCCCGAGUAGAUGAAUUUGAGAUGUCAAAAACACAAUCCUUCUAUGAAAACAACACCAACCAGUGUGUUUAUGCUACAAACCACAACUCCGUCCUGCUAGACGACUGCAAGGUAACCAUGGGCAGAAAUGGCAACGCUGCAGAUUUCUCUCUUGUUGAGGAGGAACCAUGGAAACGCGAGUAAAGUAGAUCAAGACCCUGCUCCGCCUUACCCUGAGUUCCACAAGCUUUUCUCUCUGCCGACAAAACAAACACGAUAAAUCAAAAGUCAGAGUGAACUGAACUAGUACACAACUCAGUAUGGGUCCGACAUUCUGUUUUCAGUUGUCUGGCCAGAGAACCUACUGUACCAUAACGCGUUAUGGUUGAUACUUUUGUCCCAACUGAUUUAUGAGUAAUAUCCAUGAUAUCUAUUAUAGAAAUAGUGCUUACCAGGCACUAUGCUGUGAGAAAGAUCCCUUCAGAUGGCUGUAUUGUGAGCCUUAUUCAAUGCUGCAUGCUCUCUGAUAUACACAGAUUAGUGAUGUAUUUUCUGCUGUUGUUUUUUCUAUUAAAGGAUCUGUUUUGAUUUGGUUGCAGAUCAGAAAAUACAAUAUGUGCUCAUGAGAUAGGUUUCUAAGUUUCUGCUGUACAAGGACUUAAGUAUACUAAUAAUUUCUACUCUGUCAGGUAAACAUUGCUCAUUUAUUUUUUAGUCCAAGUUAUGUGGAUCCACGGCAUCUUCAAUCAUCUUAUCAAAUGUUCCAUAAUUGUUUAUUAUUAAUUGGUUAUCAACUUAAUUCAUCCAUGCUUUCCAGAGUGGCUUUGACACCUUCAAAACUUGCUGCCUUUUAAUAGCACUAAGUCUGAAUUAACUUUGAAAGCCUUGGUAAUGCAUACUCUGGGAAUUCCCAAGACAGACAAGAACAUGGGAAAUAUUUUACAACCUUAAUAGUUUCAGGAGUGCACUGCCCUUCAGUACACAUGAACAUUAGCAGCAAACAGGUUCUGAAAUUGUGAAAAAUCAGCAGGGUUAGUAAAGGGAAGCUGACAAAUAAACUAAAUGGAACCCCUGGUGACAGAAUGAGAGAAAUGCAGGUUAAUAAGGAAACAAAUGCUUCAAUACCUUUGACUGUUUUGACUUUAAGGAUUAAACUCUGGUGUCGGUACACAUGCUCAAGCCACUAGCACUAGAGCUUACCUCUAGACUUAACCUUCUAAAGAGGGGUGGAGUUCUUCUCUAAAUGCGGCAGCAUAUUUAUAGACAGCGGUCAAAGCAGGAAGGGGUAUUAGGAGAAACGUGUAGAGGCAGGUACAAUUGUUGGGUUCAGUCCUAUACAACAGCACAAAUACACCAACCAUGUGUAUUAAUCUAUUUUUUGUUGUCUGUAUAUGUAUAUGUCUGUUCAUCUCUGUCCAAGUGUGUAUAUUAAUUUGUUUGUGGAUAUUUGUGUGUGAGAGAGAGCAAGAGCGAGAGAGAGACAGAGGGAUCAAAAAGAGAGUAAAUAGACCGACGUACAAACUGAGAGAGACAGAGAAUACAGGGUUCAUACACAGGGUUCAAGCUUGUUACUCUGCAGUUCAGUGCACUCUAUCCAUGCUGUGUGUUUUCUUUCAAAUUGUUUAUUUAUUUGCUAAAUGAACAACCUUGCCUUGAAGAUGUCAACUGCAAACUGCAGUUAAUGUGAUGAUUAUGACAAUGUUGAUUUACAACAACAUUUUCCAUAUUGUUAGAAAUGUAGUUCUGAGCAAGAGAAAGUCCAGUAUCAACUCCAGCAAAAUACUAGUGGCACAAUCUAUGAGGAAGGCUGGGCCAUCCUUGUUGAAAAGGUUGUGAAUUAUUCCCAGAACCUACUGUAUAUGCAGUGUCGACAUGCUAAAUGUAAAGACACCAGGAGUAGCUUGCCAUUAAGGACAGGAUCAAUCUGCCACUGGAAUAUGUGUACAGCAGUGCAUUGUACAUUCACUUGGGUCUGGACCAAUAAGAUUGCGCAACAAAAAAAUUGACCUUGCAGUGAAUGCUGGGGAGGGUCAUUACAGACUGCUGAAUUCAACACAAGUAGUCUGUAAAAAUCAUUGAGAUAGAAACCAAAACAUUUAGUAAUUUUGCACCAUCUUAUAAUUCCACAAUUAAAGUGCCUCCUUGCACUUUGUAUACAUAUUCUAGAACAAGUACAUAUGAAAUGUAUAGAAUUCUGGCAAUUUUUGUCACUUUUUGCUAUCAUAACCUCUGUUCAGGUUUUUGAAUAAGAUACUGUACAGUAGGAACACCAUAUAACCAAUUUAGAGUGAUGUUGCUAGACUUUUUAUUUUGGAUAGUGAUCAACUAGUUUCAUAUACAUUUACAUUUCAUAUAUUCAUAUCCCAUUGUUUUGUCUUUUUUCAGAAAGCUAGAUAAUGUUUAUACCGAAUUUAAUCAGCAGUGUUGUUGACAGACAUACUGAAAAGAGAACCGGUUUUCACAUGUCUACUGUGAACUGGGUGGUGUUAUUUGAUCAUUGUUAACUUUUGUUAGAGGAUAAAGUCAAAUUAACUUGUGUAAUUUUCUCAGAGCUAAAGCAAGACAAGGUGCCUGGCAAAAAUACCAGCAGCUAUGUCUACAUUUUUUAGCUGAAUCUCAGAAUGCAAAGCAACCAUUUCAGUUAUGAAACAUACUUGAGUCUUCACUUAAAUCUUGACAUGCAUCUUCAAAAUCUACCGUAGAUAUCAGGAGUUAUUUUAGAACAAUUUUUUUGUUACAUCUUUCUUAGUUUGGCUUUUUCCUCUUUUCAUUUUUAUAUGAAUACUUAUUUUAAAAUGUAAAUUUAGAUAAUCCUACUUGUCUAUUUUGUAUCUGUUUUUGAUUCAAUGCACAUAUUGGUCCAAGAUUGUAUAAAAAGGUUGUCCUCACUGUUGUCUGACCUCUUCAAUUGUAAUUUCGCUUUAGUUAUAUGUUUGACUGUGUGAAUGUGGAUGGGAAUGAAAGCUAAACAAAAAAUGAUAUUUAUUUUAUUAAGACAAAUGGACAUGUAUUUUACUACUUCUUGUAUACAUGUAACUAUCAAAGCAAUAAAUGUUUAUUGGUGA